AUGAACCAUCAGCAUCCUCCUUCACCUCCACCAUCUGCAGACGGUGAAAUCAAGAACCCUUUUCACGACUUGUCCCAGAAUAAUACAUUACAGUCUCCGUUCCUUCGGAACCAUCACCCUUUCACAACCAUGUACGCAAGACAGGAUUACCCGUUUGCAAAAAUUGAUGUGGACAAUAGGGAUGUCACUGAAGUGAUGACUUACGUCCGCGCCAUGCAGCUCACGGGUAACCAGCACCACCAGCAUCACGCCGUAGAUAUGGGACGAACCGGAAGCGGAGGGUCCAGUUCCUCCAGAGGCUCAACAGGAAUGCACAAGUUCCAAGAUGCCGAUAAGAGCAGAGUUCAGAGGAUGACGAGAGUCAGAAAACGCACAAGAACCGCCAGAUCAGACAAGCGUAACCUAAUCAUCACUGCGCCGCUGAGCGUGCUGACCAAGGACAUGGUGCACAUUCCGAUCCGCGACAUGAAAGCCUGGGUGAAUAGAUCCGCCGAAGUGCGUCGGAAAGAAGUUGCCGCAAAGAACGGAAAGAUCGCGAGGCCGAUGAAUUCGUUCAUGUUGUACCGCUCCGCGUAUGCUGAACGAACAAAGGAAUGGUGUGCGCAAAACAACCAUCAGGUGGUAUCGCGUGCAUCUGGCCAGAGCUGGCCGCUUGAGCCGAAGGAGAUUAGAGACCUAUACGAGGGAUACGCUACGAUUGAGCGGGAUAACCACCAAAAGGCUCAUCCAGACUAUAAGUUUGCGCCAAACAAGACACAGAAUACCCCAAAGAAGAAACAAACGGCGACGAAGGAUGACGAGAACAGUGACCUCGAUGACGCCGGGUUCGACAUUCCUGCCUGCUCACGCCCAGUGGGUACCUGGCCGAGUCGCUCCGAUGCCGACGAGGGAUUUGGCAGUCGUACCUCCACCCCGUUUGACAAGGAUAGCAGCUAUGAAAGUCGCACUUCAACCCCGUUCGAUCACCCCAACGGUGAUAUGUAUGUGCAUCAUUCUGAUAUCAAUCGGUCAUCGUGGGAGAUGGUCAACCCAGGAAGGCCCCUUCCCGGUGUUCUAUCACCGCCAGAGCAGAGCCACUACUACCAGCCCUCAAUCCACCAGAGCGUGCUAGGUCCCGGCAUUGAGGAUGUGACGUACAAGAAGAUGGGUGUCCCUGGCGUAUCCUAUGAGCCGCAGGGAACAUUGAACGGCCUCCCUGGAAACCCGCAUCCUGAGCUCCUUCCAACGCAACCCAGUCGAACCGUUGAAGAUUCCACCCAGGUCGACCCCCAACUCCUUGAAUUUAGUCACCACCAGCAGCAAUCCGUCACCGAAGCAGGUAGCUAUCCUGGCCACCUAAACCUCUGGCAGGUGCCCCCGACAACCCAGCACUAUGUUCCAACCAGCAUCCCGGCGCAGCAGGCAGAGGAAUAUUUGUCCGCACAUGCGCAGCAGACCGGGUUCCAUCAUGGUGCGUCCUUGAUGGAGAGUCGCGAUGUGUGGGGUGAGGGACACAACGGCGAGGCUGUCAAGCAGGAGUUUGGGCAGGAGUUCGACCAGUGGCUCACCGGGCAUCACACGUACUGAUCCGCUUUGAAUUUGAUGUGAUUUUCUCUUUCUUCCAUUGUGUUUCCAUUUUUCCAUUUUGUGUUCUUCACUCCACGCAACUUGCGGAUAAAGGGAUAUGCGAACGGGGAAAGGAAUGGGAGUUGCUGGUCAUGGGAAAUUCUCUUUUUCUUUUUCUGUCUUCUUGGGUUGGCAAAUUUGUUUUGGGAGCGCGAAUAUCUCUUUUCUUUUUUUUUUUUUUUCUUUUUUUCUCUUUUUCCCCAUUACAUCAUUGGUAGGCAUGAGUUUUUCUGUGUCUCAUUUUUGAUCUUUGUCCUGUGUGACCUCCCUUUUUACGUGCCAGGGUUUGGGGCAAGAUGCGAUGUGAUGGAACAUGGGAUAUCACGGUGUGUGUAUGUAGUCCUUUUCUUGAGAGCUGGCUGGCGUUUUUGGCCCCUUGUUUUCUAAGAUGGGUUGGGUAUGAUCAUAUCAUUUUUCUGUCUU